AUGGCUGUGGCUCUAGAACCGUCCAAAAAGAGGGCGAGGGAAAAUACUGGUGCGAAUGAUGGAAUUGCUGCUGAGGUUAGCAAGAAAAUACGAUCCACGGGUGACAAACCGUCAGAGGAGGAGGGAAAGAAAAGUGGUUUAGAUGAAACCGAACCGAAUGGGACUGAUGGUGAAAGUGCCGAAUUCAAAGUGUUGCAGGCUUACAGGAGUUUUGAAAAUGACAUCUCGAAGGAUAGAGUAAAGGUGAUUCAGAACCGGGACAUUGGCGUCACACUGAAUAAGCUGGAUUCGAUUGACUCGCUUUUUCAAAAAAUGAGUGGGACGAAGAAUAACGGACUGUUUGCCCACGACUCUCGAGCUAUGCUGAGCAUCAGUGAGUUGGCGCACCUCAGUGUCCAGAAUUUGAAAUUGGGGGAGGGUCGGUAUAGCAUUACUUUGAGCGAUACUUUGAGUUCGCUGAAGCGGUAUAUGCUUCAAGAUUAUUUCAAAAGUAAUGGGAUACAAGAGGAGACUGUUGGCAGGGGCUUGAAUGCAGCAGAUGAUGAUGAUGGCGGUGUUGACGAAAAUGUGGAACUGGACUCCGAAUCGCGAUCAAACACUACAAAGAUUAGGGAAAGGACACUGAACAAAGAGUUCUUGGAACAAUUCUCAAAAUACAAUACUUUCAACCAGUUCAACUGGUUUAGAAUGGGUGCUCUUUUUGAUAACUUAAACCUUGGUGUCCCGACAACCGAUCACUUACUGGGACCCUUCUCUGUUGAGAAGAAAAGGCGAGAAAACGGGACGAGGCCAAGGAUAAGCGACCCAGUCGGUAAAGCAACAAAGGCGGACGAGGUUAGUAAGUCAGAUAUAAAUGAUGGCCAAGAUGUCACGACACCGGAACACGUCAAGAGGUGUUUCAAGACUUUACUGAAUAAGAAUGGGAUGGAGAAAAUAUCUCUUUUCAAGUUCUGCUUGGACCCGAACUCAUUCGCCAAAUCUGUAGAGAACCUGUUCUAUACCAGUUUCCUGUUGAAAGAUGGGAAAAUUGUGCUAGAGCAGGAUGAGCAAGAUGGGUUUCCGACUAUCAGGGUGAAAGAUGAUAUAUCAGCAAUGAGACCAGAGGAGAGGGAAAUUGAGAAACAGAAAAGGAAGGAUGCUCAUCAGAAUCAUAUUAUUUUCCAAAUGGAUAUGCCCACUUGGCGGAAACUACUGGAGAAGUUAAACAUCACAUCGAGUUAUAUCGAUUAA